GUUCGCAAAAUAACCCUCCACGGCGCGAUGCAAAGUUCGCAAAAUAGGCCUCCGCGGCGCGAUGCAAAGUUCGCAAAAUGGGCCUUUCCUGACUUUCGCCGCAAUAACAACUUUGAGACUUGAUGCCGAAGGCCACAAUCUCGAUCUCGACUGCAGGUCCCCAGGCAAAGCAAAUCGUACCACGAUCUCUACGCUGGACCGCUCGAGUCAAGACUGCUUCAUUGAGGUCCUACCAUUCUAGCGCAGUCUGCGUCAAGCGCAGCCGGAGCACAGGACCACCAUGCUGGGUCUCAAGGCGACAAUGUCGGUCAUCGACAAUACGGGAGCAUUGGUGGCGGAAUGCGUCAACGUCUUGAGGAAUCCUUCCACUAGGGGCUUGGCGCGCGUGGGCGACGAGAUCGUAGUGGUCAUUCAAAAGGCGAAGCCGAUAGCGCACACCACCGGCAACGUUUCCGCCGCAGCCUUGGCAGCCCGAGUGCGUAGAGGAGACGUGCGACGAGCAGUAGUGGUCCGCACAAAGAAGGAGAUUCAGAGGGCAGAUGGUAGGGUGGUCAGGUUCGACGACAAUGCUUGCGUGCUUUUGAACAACAAGAAGGAGCCAGCGGGAACGAGGAUCAAUGGAGCAGUCAGUCAGGAACUCAGACAUCACGGGUGGAGCAAGAUUCUCUCUCUGGCACCCAAGGUCGUCUAAUCUAGCGAUCACAUGCGCACUUAAUGCUCGCGUUAGGAUGUA